UCCGACUAAAACCCACCUCAUGUAUGUGUUGCAACGAAGCGUUGAAAGAGGAUAACAUCGACAGUUUUAUAAUAAUAAUAAUAAAUAUUAGAUUAUAAUCUGAAAUCGUGGGUUAUCCACAAAAAUGACCGAGAACAACCAAGAAGGGCAGCGGGAGCGAUGCGAAGAGGCCAGGUUUGUGGAUAAAAACUCUGCAAAACUUAUUCAAAGGGUUACUUCAGUGAUGCCAAUAGCAGAUGAACUACACAGCAAGGGCAUGAUACAUGACGAAAACUAUGCAGCUAUCAAAGCAAAAAAAACAGAUCAAGAUAAAAUGAGAAAGCUCUUUGAAUUAUUAACAUCUGAAUGUCUCAAAAAAGCCUUUUAUUAUUUGCUGGAAAAAAAUGAGAACACCUCUUCAAAGAACUGGGUGGUGUUAGCAGGAAACGCAAGCCUUCUGAUCCUGAAUGCUCAGUACCACGUAAAAAAAGAAAGGCCCCCGCACCCAAGAAGAAGAAAACUCCCGCACCCAAGAAACAGAAGAAAACCAACGCACCCAAAAAGAAAAGAAACUCUUAGAAAAGAUGUGUUAAAAAAUCACACACUUUAUGUAAUUUACAAAUUUUGUGUCAAUAUUAAAUAAAAAUGUGUAGAAAAGAAUAACCUCUUUUACACAUAUUUAUGUGUAUUUUAAAAAUCAACACAACUUGUGUAUUUACACACAGCAUUUAAAACAAUAUGUGCUAAAGCUUUAUGUGUAGUUUUUAAAGACCUCCAUUAUUUAAAUUAGCUAGUGUGUGAACCAAUAGGGACUAACUUUACCAUAAUCGCUUUAUUAUGUUAAUCGACUAACCCUAGAGUCAAAACUGCUCGUCAAAACUACCUUGUACUCUGCGCUUCGGAGCCAUGAAGCUUCGAAACCUUUGCAAAUCUUUUUUUUUUUUUUAAAGAGUGGGUCGGAUCACGUAUCAAACUGAAACCACAGUCAAUUAAUCAAUAAUAAUAGGCUGAUUAAAAAACACUUUAUAGGCACUUCUUGUUUAAUGGUAGGCCUAUUUAUAUAGACAUAUUAAAAAAAUUCAUAAACAUAUAAAAUCAAAUUGUUUUCUGCAAACUCCUCCAGAUUCUUGUUCUGCAUCUCCCCAAGUAUCACUGUUGUGGUUUUCAUGCUUCUUUACUGUAUCAUUUUUUAAUAAUUGCAUACCAAAGUCAUGACAAAUGCUAUUUACAUUGCUAUAUAGACAUAUUUUAAAAAUUCAUAAAAAUAUCAAAUCAAAUUGUUUUCUGACAACUCCACCAGAAACUUGUUCUGCAUCUCCCCAAGUACCACUGAUGUGAUUUUCAUGUUGUUUUACUUUAUCAUUUUUUAAUAAUUGCAUACCAAAAUCAUGACAAAUUCUAUUUGUUUUGCUAUAUGGACAUAUUUUAAUAAAAAAAAAAAAUUCAUAAAGAAAUAUGAAAUCAAAUUGUUUCCUGACAACUCCGACAGAUUCUUGUUCUGCGUCUCCCCAGGUACCACUGAGGUGAUUUUAAUGUUGUUUUACUGUAUCAUUUUUUAAUAAUUGCAUACCAAAGUCAAGACAAAUGCUAUUUAUUACCUCACUGUGUCACAUAUUUAAAAAAUUCAUAAAAAUAUAAAAUCAAAUUGUUUUCCGCAAAGUCCACCAGAAUCUUGUUCUGCAUCUC